ACUUUUACCUUUGACGGUGUUUUCAAUUGCACGUUGACUUAACGCCGUCAAUUUAUAGAUGUCCUUCAAUCUGCAGAUCAGAAUUAACACGCAGGGAGCUCGGGGUUUAGCUGUGGCGGAGAUUGUUAAGAAGAUUGCUUGUCGUUUGGAGUUGAUGAUGUUCCUGUUUUUGAUGGGAAGACUCCUAUGGAGGUUUCUGCGUCUGCUUUCUCAGACUACAUGGGUAACACAAUCACGGGAAUCACAUUAGCGGUAUGGGACCAGACGGGGAGCUCAGCUAAGGUAUCCUUCUCACCAACUCGAGACGAAUCUCUCUGGUGGGAACCCUCUUUGGGGACUUGGUGGACCACACGAUGCUCCUGCCAGCCUCAUUCCACUUCGUUCUUCUCAGCCGGUGGACUUGGUACUCGUCUCUUCUCACCUCCCAUGCAGACCGUGUCCUCUCCGUUGCUUCAUCAGCAUUCAGCGGAAGUGGUGUGUGCUACCUCUCUUACACCAAGCUGAGUUAACAGCUGGAUUCUACAGAUCUAAUGGACAUGACAGGUACGAUGCUUUCACAGUCUUUGUUCGGAACAUGAACCAGGUCAAACUGUCCUCAUAUGAUCAAGCAGUAGAGGAUGAGGCUUAGACAGUGAGCUUAGGUUCAGGCACUGGUGUACAUAGUUUGCAAACCGCUUGAUGAUGAGUAUUCAUGUUUGUACGUAAAAAGCAAACAAAGUCUCUUGUUAUUUAGCAUCCUCAUGUUUGUAGGUAAUGCUCUAAAAUCAACUUCAAAAAGCUCUUUCAAAUCUUUUUGUAUCUCCUUACUUAUACGGGAAGCAGAAAUCUGAUGAAAUAAUCUGGGAAUUUUUGACUUUGGAAUAUGUUUCUUCAGAUGUCCUGAGCUCCCUAUGACUCUUUUUGCCUUCCAAUACCAUUGAAUCCUCUCCUGUUAUUGUUUACACCCUUGUCAGUAACAUCUUCACAGUUUUUCUCCAGCAUAUUGAUUCCUAUCCAUCUUCAGAUUCGGGUUUUAUGAAUUUUGACAUUGGGUCUUCAGUAGAAAGAUCAACCACAUAGACUUGCUUUCUGGUUUGAGAAUCUUCUCUUGCAUCUUCAUUACCAUUGGUAACUCUUCUGUUUUUAUAUAGAACACUGCGGUUUCCAGCAUCGUACCUUUCCCCACACUCGUUCCUCUUCUCACCAACCUUUACAAAUGAGUAGUUUGUUGAUACAUUCGAUCGGAUCAUUUCAACCCUUUAGAUCGGAAGUGACUUAAAUCACUGUGUUUCAGAAAUUGAAUUUGAAUUUGUGUGUGUUUGAUUUAAAUUUUGUUGGUGGGAUCUUAUUAAUAAAAUUGACAAAUCUGUAAUACUUCAAAAAAGACUAUAUCAGAUCACAUGAUUGAUGAUAAGAAGCCUGCUGAGAGAUGACACAAAGGCCAACGUUUACUUCAGCUCAUAUGUACGCAAGAAGAAGAGCUUGAUAGACAUUGAACAAAGAACUACUAUAGAAUCAAGUGAAUAGUAAU